GAAAUUAACAACGCUUGGCAUCAGCUAGCUAGCUGUCCGUCCGUUGUUGAUUAAUUAAUUAAUUAACCUCCAAAUUAACCUCAUGGACCUGCAGAUAUAUGCUCAUGGAUCCCCCAUCACCCCGGAGUACACCAGAAAAUCUUAGAGAGAGAGAGAGAGAGAUGUCGUAGGUAGGUCCCGGCGGCCAGCAAUGGCUUCUUUUUUUUUUUGUUGCUUGCUUAGGAAAUUAGGGUAAUCAAGAGAGAGAACGGCAGCCAAACUCUCUUUCUCUCUCUCGCUCGUCAGUGUCAUCAGUCAUCACCAUCCUCUCCUCCCUGCUGCUUCUUCUCUCUCCACCACGUCUCCCCUCUCUAGCUUUCUCUUUCGCCUCCCAGCCCCACACACACCUCUGAUCUCCCCCACUCCCAUCCGCGUCUGCUGCCACGCACGUGCAACGGUGCACAAACACCGUGUCCUCCUCCGCUCCGCUCCGUCCGGCGAGCCGACGCGCGCCGCCGUCGCGUCGCUGCUCGUGCUGCAUGCCGGGAGAACAAAAGCGGUAGCUAGCUCUCAUCUGUCUCCAAAGGUAGCUUCUUUCGCUCGAGCAGCACCAUGGACGCGCCGUCGAGCAGCACGAGCACGAGCACCAACAGCAGCCGGAGCGCCUCCGAGCAGCACCACCAGCAGCAGCAGCAGAACCGCCACCACCACCACCAGCAGCAGCAGCAGGCGGUGGCGCACCACCCGUUCUACUACGCCGCAGCAGCAAACGCGGCCGGGAUGGCGCCGUUCAUGGGGUCGCUGGCCAUCGCGCCCGCCGCCGCCGGGGGCGGCGCGGGGGAGGUGCAGCAGCUGGCGCAGCAGUCGGCGGCGGCGCCUGCAGCAGGAUCGUCCGGCGGCGGUGGCGCUGCUGCUGCCGCGGCGGACAAGAAGAACAAGGCGGCCGUGGCCGUGGUGCCUGCGGCGGGGGCCGGGAGCGGCAGCAAGCGGCCCACCAAGGACCGGCACACCAAGGUGGAGGGCCGCGGGCGGCGGAUACGGAUGCCGGCGCUGUGCGCGGCGCGGGUGUUCCAGCUCACGCGGGAGCUGGGCCACAAGACGGACGGCGAGACCAUCGAGUGGCUGCUGCAGCAGGCGGAGCCCGCCAUCGUGGCCGCCACGGGGACCGGCACCAUCCCGGCCAACUUCUCCUCGCUCGCCGUCUCCCUCCGCUCCGGAGCCUCGCACCCGUCCUCCGCGUCCCGCGCCGCCGCCGCCGCGGCCUUCCACCACCUCCCGCCGGCGCAGGCGCAGCACGAGGUCGCCGCCAUGCUCGGCGCCUGGAACCACCAUCACCAGCAGCAGCAGCAGCUUCUCUCACCGCCUCCGCACCACCACCACCAGCAGGCGCCGCAAGAUCCCGGCGCUGGGGAGUUCAUGAGGAAGCGCUACAGGGAUGGCGCCGACGACCUGUUCAAGGACCCCGCGGCGCGCCAGCAGCAGCAGCAUCAUCCCGACGACGGCGGCGGCGGCGGCGAGGGGGACGCCGAGGACCACAAGGCCCGCGUGACGCCAGCCACUGCAAUGUGGGCUCUGGCGCCCAACAGCGCCGGUGGCGGCGCCUUCUGGAUGCAGCCCACGUGGGCGUUCGGUGGCGGCGGCGGCGGCGGCGGGAGCACGGUGCAGGCGCCGCUCCAGUUCAUGUCAACAAGCAGAAGCGGCAACAACUUCCCCGCCGGGACGACCAUGGACGCCAACAUCGGCAUGCUCGCCGCGCUCAACAACGCCAGCAGCGGCGGCGUCCAGCACCAGCAGCCGGACGAGGGGCAGCAGCCGCCGGAGAUGCCCCAGCGCCACCGCGGCGCGAACGGCGGCGACGCCGGGCGUGGCGCCGCGAGCCCCCAGCAGUAAGGAUGGAAUCCAUGGAUCGCGUAGUGGUGGAUGGUGCAGGCGGCAAUUGGCGGCGAUUAGGGCAUGCAGGCAGACUUGUUAGUGGCUUGAUUAGGUGAUUGCUACUGCUCUUUGUGAUGAGUUGAUCCUCCAUUGGUUGCUUCUUAGUUUAUUCUUCAAGGAUUAUUUUAGUUUGCUCGUUGGAUUAAUCUAUGAUUGUGCUGAUGGGAGUGAUGAUUAGCUGUGGGUCCGAUUAAAUCACAAAAGGAUCAGACUGUCAAUUCUUCUUAAUUAUAUACUAUGCUAUAUGGUGCUGGUGCCACCAAGAAGAUUGCUGAGAGA